AUGGACCGGCCCAGCAACAGUGAACUCACCAAGGGCAACGAGCCCCCAGUAGUCGGAGGGGACAGCCACGAUGCCAUUGUUACAAGACUCGCCAACGAGGACAAAGUGCCUUGGUACCGCAAGCCGAAUCUGCGCCAUCUCUACUUCAUGCUUAUCCCAACCUGCAUGGGCAUCCAGAUGACUUCGGGCUUCCACUCACAAAUGGUCAAUGCUAUGCAGAUUCUGCCCUCGUGGAUCAGCUUCUUCGGAAAUCCCCAAAGCACCCUCAAGGGAAUUAUCGCAGCCGCUUACCCUCUCGGUGCCAUUUUCUCCCUUCCCCUGAUACCCGUCAUCAAUGAUCGGCUUGGACGACGAUGGGCAAUCUUCCUCGGCUCCUCUGUCUUGGUUGCUGGGUCCUUAAUACAGGGUUUCGCCAACAACGUCGGUGCAUAUAUUGCCGCUCGUCUAAUCCUAGGCUUCGGCAUUCCACCCUGCAUAGUAUCAGGCUCCUCUUUAAUUGGUGAACUGGGGUAUCCAAACGAACGAGCCGUCCUGACAUCGCUUUUCAGCGUUUCGUUCUUUAUUGGCCAGAUCACAGCAGCCGGAAUAUGCUUUGGUACCAAUGGCAUACUGACCGACUGGGGCUGGCGAGUCCCCUCGCUGCUACAGAUUGUGUGUCCGUUGCUCCAACUCAUCUUCGUCUUCUUCCUCCCGGAGAGCCCGCGCUGGCUUGUCGCCAAGGACCGUAGCGACGAAGCUCAUCAGAUCCUGCGAAAGUACCACGCCGAGGGCAGGGACUCUCAGUUCGUCAGGGCCGAAAUGGCCCAGAUCCAAUCGACACUGCGUAUCGAGAUGCGAACCUCGAGGACGUCGUGGCUUGACCUUGCAGCAACGGCUGGCAUGCGGAAACGCCUGCUCACCACGUGCAUGCUGGGUCUGUUUGCGCAGUGGUCUGGCUCCACGCUCCUCUCAUACUACCUGGGAGACCUUUUACAGAUCAUUGGCCGGGAUUCGUCUCACUUCAAGCAGACCAUCAAUGUCACUCUCUCAUGCUGGUCCUUGGUUUGCUCCUUCACAGCCUCCAUGUUCGUUCGUCGGUUUAAGCGCCGUCACAUGUACCUCGCUUGUACGGCGAGUCUGCUCGUCGUUUUCACCGGGUAUACCAUCAGUAUGGAGAGAGCCAUCACGGCAAGGGAGUCUGGCCAGAUAAACAAUGCCGCUGGGACCGCGAGCAUCUUUUUUAUCUACGCCUACGCUCCCUGCUACUGCUUGGCGCUCAAUACCCUCACGUACACAUUCCUCGUCGAGCUUUGGCCAUACACCGAGCGCUCCCAUGGCAUUUCGGUCUUUCAGCUGUUCUCGCGAAGUGCCGAGUUCUUUACUACCUUUGUCAAUCCCAUCGGCCUCAACAACAUCGGUUGGAGAUUUCUUAUAACAUACUGUUGCUUUCUGGCGUUCGAAGUAUACUUUGUUUAUUUCCACUUCCCAGAGACGUCCGGCAAGACACUUGAAGAGGCAACAUUUUUAUUCGAAGACGAAAAGGCUGCCGAAGUACAGGCGAUCAUGGCGGUUGAGAAUUCAAUUGCGCAUGAGAUGGUACCAGGGGGCUCGCGGGGACCGGGGCCACAGCGUCGAGGCCAAAGGCUGUAUGUUUAG